AGAGUGUUUUAGCUGACCGCUCACCCUGCAUUUGCGCGAUCCGCAUUGACACAGCCAUGGCGCGAGCAUGUGGGCAAGGCUCCACGACAUUGAGCGGAUCACAAAUGGCUUGGUCAACGCAGCAGACUUACAGAGGAGGCCUUUUGGCCGAAGCAGCCGCAUCAGUGUCAUUUGCCCAACUACGGAAGAGCGGGUUUUGUAUCACCCACAGCUUUACAACUGCUUCGCUGCUCAAAGUUGGCAGGACAAGGAGCUUGUUGUUGUUGACACCGGUUGCAGAGCAUCCCCAUUCCUGCGUAACAAGAUGCUGGAAGAUCAACGGUUAGUAUAUGUACAUUUCAAAGUCGCAGCCACUGAGUGGCCAGUUGGCCUAAAGCGGAAUAUCGCCAUCAUUUUGGCAACAGGAGCCUUCAUAGCUCACUUUGACGACGACGACCUCUACUCACCGCAGUAUUUGGAUGUCAUGCUGCAAGGCCUUCAGGAUGCCCAAGGCAUCACUCUGGCAAGUUGGUUUGUCUGGGAUGCUUGCUGUGGGAAGGUGGCCAAAGUUGCUCCCAAGGCAGAUGGAUCACAGGACAGCUGGCUGUUGGGCUAUGGGUUCUCAUACGUUUAUCGACGAUGUGUAGCACUGGCACAACCGUUUCCGCAUUGCCACUUUGGCGAGGACUUCCACUUCUUGUCUGGUUUGCGGGAUCGUGGAAGAAUCCGUACACUUCAUGACAAGAAUGGGCACGUCCUCCAUGUGCAGCAAGGGAUGAACUUGUCAAACUCCCACGGACAGGAGAUCCCAAUCAAUGAAGUAGCCAAGAUGCCUGUGGCAGAGGUGCCCGGCUUUCCUCCUUUGCUGCGCCUGGAGCUUGAGUCCUCAUACAUCAGCGUUGGAUUGGUGGGCUGGCGGCCCCCACCUUUGUUGCACUUGUCAUCCAUGCGACAAUCUUUGCAGAAGAUGGGAGUGCAGCUGAAAUCGGAAGGGAGCUCGGAGCUUGAAGAGGGCAGUGUGCUGGUCUCUUACUGUGUUCGACGGGGCCCACAGGUCUUCGUGGAACCAGGCCGCCUGUACGCCGCAGAGGAGCGCUUUACGACGGGAACCCCCGAUGGAGCGUGGCAACGCUCCCGGCUCCCGGCGGAUGUGGCGAAGCGUUGCUGCGCCGAAGUGGUGGCGCUCAGGCGGGUGGCGUGUCAGUGGCUCAGCCGGUGUCCUCCUCAGAGCUGGGCCCUUGAGGAGUUCGAAGGAUUCUUGCUUCUUCAAUCGCGCUAUGCCUCGCACAUGGCAUUGCUUGCAGCUGUGUGGCGCAUGUCCUCCCUCUUCCCGCGGGUUCGCAUUGAGUUUGACAUUGAGCGUGAGGAUCCAGAAUAUGCAGUUGCCACUCAAGCCUUUGAGCAGCAGCGCCGAGCACUUCAGCAUUUUCUGGCUGGACAGCGUUUUCGUGAUGUGUGAUACUAUUCCUGCAGCUGGAAUGGGGACGUCCCAUUUCCAUUUUGAAGGUCCACAGAUGAUCUGCAGAUGCGAUUUGGAUGAGAAGAUCUGGGCAAGUCGCAAGGACUGGCGAGCGUGCUGUGAACCAAAUGAUCGCGAGCGAAACUCGAUGGCGACCAGCAGACGAAAUCGGAACCGGGUGCAUUGAAAACAGGACCUGAGCAGUCGGCAGACCGUGGAAAAGGAGAAAAGAGCAUCAAACCCGGAUCAGUCUGGAAAGUAUCAGAUACUCAGCAUCCACAUGCUAGCAUCGCAAGCAUGUCUAAGUAUGUAGAGUGGAUGCCAAAAGGUAGAUGUACACAAGUUCCUGAUCAACCCAAUCAAGCACAAGUGACAGCUUUUCAAUUGACCAAUGGAUCAUGUGACCAAACAAAAAAAGCCAUCUCCCUCGUCAGAUCUCCAUCCAUGGAGACCGACCAGCAGCCGUUGGCAUGUCUCUACUUCAAUUGCAGCCGGGAGACUGGACCGAGGGUCACACGAUCCGGGAGCCUGGACCGAUGGUCUUCAUCCGGUCACACGAUCGGUAUGAGAGGGGGGAUCGAGAGAACUGAGGGACGGGUUCUUUACUGUAACCUUUUGGCCGUUUUGUGACACCUUUUGGCCAACGAAAAACCAACCA